AUGUCCAACCCACUGUAUCAUACAACGGGCCAGGCUGGCUACGACCCCUCCAACCCUCAAGCCCAGCAAUUUCCCCCUCACUCGACGCAGCCGUAUCCUCCGGCAGGUUAUCCCCCAGGUUCUGUCUCCCCUCAGCCAGGACCCGGAUACACAAAUCCCACUACGAGUCAAUGGCCUGCUUACGGCUCUCCGCAAACGCCUCAUCAGAGUCCAAAUCCUGAUGUCGCAUACAAUCCCGCCCAACAAGUCUUGCCAGGGGCCGGCGCGAGCGCGAGCAUCGACGGACUAGCUUCUCAGAUGGGUGGUCUGGGAAUCGCAACGGACGGCACUUCUCGAACGCAUCGGAAAAAGCAUCGCCAUGCCCAUCACGAUAUCGGAACUGGAUCUGGGUCUGCUGGCCCUGUGCAGAGCUUCAACGGCGCAAUUCCCCCGGCGACGGGUCCGCAAGCUGCUUCGCAAUUCUUGAAUACUGGUCUCAAUCAAAACCCUGCGACAUUUGCACCGGCAGGGACACCUCAACCAGCACUCUCCAUGGGAAGAAUGACUUCACAACCUGGCAUGUCCGGCGGCGCGGGCACUGUGCCCACCCAAGGCCGUAUUGACCCUGAACAGAUCCCAAGUAUCCCCCGGUCGCGAGACCUGCCCGCUCAGUAUUACUUCAAUCAUGUCUACCCGACCAUGGAUCGUCACUUUCCGCCUCCAGCUGCAAUUCCUUUUGUGGCUCACGACCAAGGCAACUCGUCGCCCAAGUACGCUCGUCUGACCCUGAAUAAUAUCCCAUCUACCUCGGACUUUCUUUCUUCCACUGGUCUGCCUCUAGGGAUGGUCCUCCAGCCACUCGCGCCUCUGGACCCUGGUGAGCAACCAAUUCCCGUGCUGGACUUUGGGGAUGCUGGCCCUCCCCGUUGUCGUCGAUGCCGCACAUACAUCAACCCAUUCAUGUCGUUCCGCGCAGGUGGCAGCAAGUUUGUCUGCAACAUGUGCACAUUCCCGAAUGAUACUCCUACCGAGUAUUACGCACCUUUGGACCCCAGCGGCGCCCGAGUUGAUCGCAUGCAAAGGCCAGAGCUGAUGAUGGGUACUGUUGAAUUCUUGGUACCCAAGGAAUACUGGAACAAGGAGCCCGUGGGUCUACGUACAUUAAUCUUGGUGGAUGUGAGCCGAGAGUCAAUACAACGUGGUUAUUUAAAGGCCGUAUGCGCUGGCAUCGCAGAUGCGCUGUAUGGCGAAGACAGGGAGGCGGACGGUUCCGAAGGCGAGGAGGCGAAGGCGCGCAAGUUGCCCUUGGGAGCAAAGGUUGGCAUUGUCACCUAUGAUAAGGAAGUCCACUUUUACAAUCUUUCGUCAACGUUAAAUCAAGCGCAAAUGAUGGUGAUGACUGAUCUUGAAGAGCCCUUCGUGCCUCUAAGUGACGGUCUCUUUGUUGAUCCAUAUGAGUCAAAGUCCAUUGUUUUAUCUCUAUUGGAGCAGAUACCCACCAUGUUUUCUCACGUCAAAACUCCCGAAUCGGCGUUGCUCCCUGCGCUGAAUGCGGCUCUCGCGGCCCUUCAGCCAACGGGAGGCAAGGUCGUCUGUGCCCUUGCGAGUCUACCGACUUGGGGACCUGGAAAGUUGUCCGAGCAGCGAGACGACCGGAGCCUCCACGGAACUGACGGUGAACGGAAAUUGUACGCAGCCGAGGAUGCAGGCUGGAAGAAGAUCGCCAGCAAGAUGGCCGAGGCCGGUGUGGGCACCGACUUCUUUGUUGCAUCCCCCGGCGGUACAUACAUGGAUGUCGCUACUAUCGGUCAUGUCGCCGCCGUGAGCGGUGGAGAGACGUUCUUCUACUCCAAUUACCAUGCACCCCGAGAUGUGCUCAAGGUGCGAAAAGAGCUGGCGCACGCUAUCAUCAGAGAGACGGGUUAUCAGUGUUUGAUGAAGGUUCGGUGCUCCAACGGGCUCCAGGUUUCAUCAUACCACGGAAACUUUGUGCAGCAUACGUUAGGCGCGGACUUGGAAAUUGGCAGUAUCGACGCUGAAAAAGCCAUUGGAGUUCUGUUCAGCUAUGAUGGCAAGCUGGAUCCCAAACUUGACGCUCAUUUCCAAGCUGCAUUGCUCUACACUUCGGCCGAUGGUCAACGUCGUGUAAGAUGUAUCAACGUGGUGGCUGCCGUUAACGAGGGUGGUAUGGAAACAAUGAAGUUUGUUGACCAGGACGCCAUUGUGUCUGUCAUCGCCAAAGAAGCCGCCUCCAAAACUCACGACAAGAGCCUCAAGGAUAUUCGCGCCCACAUCUCAGAGAAGACUGUCGACAUCUUCAGCGGGUACCGCAAGAUGUUCUCUGGCUCUCAUCCUCCGGGGCAAUUGGUGUUGCCGGAGAAUCUCAAGGAGUUCUCCAUGUACAUGCUCAGCUUAGUCAAGUCGAGGGCAUUCAAGGGUGGCAAUGAGGCAAUUGAUCGUCGUGUCCACGACAUGCGCAUGAUUCGGUCCAUUGGCUGCACUGAAAUGUCUCUCUAUCUCUACCCUCGGCUUAUCCCGAUCCACAACAUGCAACCCGAGGACGGGUUCCCCAACGAGCAUGGUCAACUCCAGGUUCCGCCAGCAGUACGGGCAAGCUUCUCCAAAGUGGAAGAGGGUGGUGUCUAUCUUGUAGACAACGGCCAGGCUAUUUUGCUCUGGCUGCAUGCCCAGGUAUCUCCCAACCUUUUGGAGGACCUUUUCGGACCCGGUCAAAAUUCCCUGCAGGGGCUGAAUCCUAACAUGUCUUCGUUGCCCGUGUUGGAUACUCAUCUCAACGCCCAAGUCCGAAAUCUACUGCAAUAUUUCUCGACCGUGCGCGGAUCGAAGGCCGUCACUAUCCAAUUGGCCCGACAAGGGCUUGAUGGGGCCGAAUAUGAAUUCGCACGACUGUUGCUGGAAGACCGGAACAACGAAGCGCAGAGCUACGUGGACUGGCUGGUACACAUUCAUCGGCAGAUCAAUCUGGAACUGGCCGGUCAUCGCAAGAAGGAAGAGUCCAAUAGUGAAGGGACGUUGGCCAAUCUUUCAGCAUUGCGAUCGCCUAUGUGGUAA